AGCCCCAAGACUGGCUGAGCGUCGGCAUGGAGGGCGCGGGGGAGCCGCGGCCCGCCGACCACUGCAUCCGGGACGGGGACUUCGUGGUGCUGAAGCGGGAAGACGUGUUCAAAGCGGUGCAGGUGCAACGGAGAAAAAAAGUGACUUUUGAGAAGCAGUGGUUCUACCUGGAUAAUGUCAUUGGCCACAGCUAUGGGACCACCUUUGAGGUGACCGGAGGAGGGAGCCUUCAGCCCAAGAAGAAGAAGGAGGAGGAGCCCACUGCAGAGACUAAAGAAGCAGGCACUGACAAUAGAAAUAUAAUCGAUGACGGGAAAUCGCAGAAACUCACUCAGGAUGAUAUUAAAGCCUUGAAGGACAGAGGCAUCAAAGGAGAGGAAAUAGUUCAGCAGUUAAUUGAGAAUAGUACAACAUUCCGAGACAAGACAGAAUUUGCCCAAGAUAAAUAUAUUAAAAAGAAGAAAAAGAAAUACGAAGCAGUCAUUACUGUUGUGAGGCCGUCCACUCGUAUUCUUUCAAUUAUGUAUUAUGCAAGAGAACCUGGAAAAAUUAACCACAUGAGGUACGACACGUUAGCACAGAUGUUGACGCUGGGAAAUAUCCGCGCUGGCAAUAAAAUGAUUGUCAUGGAAACAUGUGCAGGCUUGGUGCUGGGUGCAAUGAUGGAACGAAUGGGAGGUUUUGGCUCCAUUAUUCAGCUGUACGCUGGAGGUGGGCCUGUUCGGGCAGCAACGGCGUGCUUUGGAUUUCCCAAGUCUUUCUUCAGUGGUCUUUAUGAAUUUCCCCUGAACAAAGUGGACAGUCUCCUCAAUGGCACGUUUUCUGCUGAGAUGUUGUUCUCAGAGCCCAAGGACAGCGCUACGCUUGAGGAAAGCAAUGGGAUUCUGGGGGGCAAGCAGGCUGCUGAAGCUGAAAGUGAGGACGGCCUGGCUGAGGCCCCGGAGAGCAACCUUCCAGAAGAGCAGGAGACGCUGGAAGAGGUUUCCCAGGAUCCAGAGGAUAAGGAGCCUAAAGAAAAAGACGGCAAGAGAGAUUAUAUUCAGGAAAAACAACGGAGACAAGAAGAGCAGAGGAAAAGACGUUUAGAGGCAGCCACCCUGCUGAGUGAGAGAAACGCAGAUGGCCUCAUUGUAGCUAGUCGCUUCCAUCCCACUCCAUUGCUGCUGUCUCUGCUGGACUUCGUGGCGCCUUCAAGGCCGUUCGUGGUCUACUGUCAGUAUAAGGAGCCUCUGUUGGAGUGCUACACCAAACUGCGGGAGCGGGGCGGAGUCAUCAAUCUCAGGCUGUCGGAAACCUGGCUCCGGAACUACCAGGUUUUGCCAGACCGAAGUCAUCCCAAACUGCUGAUGAGUGGCGGCGGGGGGUACCUUCUCUCAGGCUUCACGGUUGCCAUGGACAACAUAAAAGCAGACAGCACCAGCCUGAAACCCAGUGUGAGCACAUUGGAGCCACAGGAGCCUGAGGAGCCAGCAGCUAAAAAACGCAAGUGCCCAGAGUCUGGCUCGUAAUCCUGCAGCAUUGGCUUCCAUCUUUGUUCUCAGGCGUUAUACAGGUAGUAAUUAAACUUUAAAUACCAUUGCAAUUGUUUAUAUUUCCUGUCCUAAGAGUAAGACAGUGUCCACACACGCUCUGUGGGCAGGAGGAGUCGGUCGGCCUUUCCCAAGCCUGUGACCCGGCGGGCCUGGCGCAGGUGGUGGGCUGAGCAGCUCUGUCGGUUUAGCAGAGCCCCCCCCGCAGUCCUUGAAGUGCACGGGCCGUGGGAGUUCAGCCUCCUGCGGGUCUGUUUCUACAUGACUGAGGUUUAUAUUUUUAGCUAAGUGGAGUGGCACAACUUAGCUAAAACUUAGUGAGUACUGAAAGGAAGGAAGGAAUUUCUGUUUUUCUUUCUCUCCAGCCUAAGCAAUAUGGACGUGUGAGAGUGUGAACUUGACAGUACCCAAGGUGCCCUGUCCCCUGCGGGACGGUGAGCAUGGUCGCUGCUGGGCUAUCUUUUAACAGUCGAUAACCUGGGGAAGUUUUGAAUAUUUAUUUUACUUUUUAUUCCUUUUGAAAAUACAGAGGUUUUAGUGGGUUACUUCUUUGCAUUAAUUUUCCAGUCCUCUCUUUGUUUUAAAUAAAGUAACUAGAAUUUUUGUGUAAUAUUGAAUUGAAGGAAGCGGGUGUUUUAGAAACUUCAGAUCUAUUGAUAUGCAAGGUACAUAUGUUUAUAUGUGUAUAGAUGUUGCUAAAUACAUAAAGACAGAAAGAAUGCACUACCUACAGACAGACACGAAACGUGCUAUUUGAACCGUAACAAAGUUGAAGCAACACUUAAGCCAGUCUCAUUGCAUUGGUGUCACUGCUUGUCAUACAUAUUCUAAAGUGCCUUUUUUUGGUGGUGGUUAAUGUUGAUCUAAAAAGCUCUGGCAUGAUCGGCGAUUGGUCCAUGUAAGCUCGAAAGACUGUGAUCGGACUGUGAUGAGCUGUGGCCGCAGAGAGCAUGGCCCCGGCUCGCAGGAGUGUCUCCUGUGCGUGUUGGGCCUCUCGUCGGAGAACAGAUGUGUGACCCGGUGGCGACAGCUCGGAAGGGGAGUGUUUGCGGCAUGCGCUGUUCUCACCAUGGCCAGUGUGAUUACCAAUGAGGACAGUCUGGAUGCUUUUUUUUUUUUCUUAAAACAGUUGUAUUCAAUAAAUAAAAGUGUUUCCUGUGGUCUAACU